AGUACGCCCACCAAUCCGGGAGUGGGCCAGAGCGCUUCGGCCAAUCCGCAAGCGACGUCCAAGCCGGCCUUAGGCACAGCCAAUCGGAGAGCGGGCCGCGUUGGCUGGGCGGGGCCGUGGCAGGCUGCGUGCCAGUCGUCUGGCCCCGCCCAGGCUUCCGGCGAGUCCAGGUGCGGCGGCCCACCUGCGCCUGCAGUUCUUGCCAUGGAUCCCGCGCUUGCCGCGCAGGUGAGCGCCGAGGUGGCCGAGAAGAUGCUGCAGUACCGGCGGGAUGCGUCAGGCUGGAAGACUUGCCGGGAGGACAACGGAGUUUGCGUGUCGUGGCGGCCAUCUGUGGAGUUCCCAGGGAAGCUGUACCGAGGAGAAGGUAUUGUGAAAGCGCCCUGGGAGAAGGUGUGGGACUGCCUGAAGCCCCUGGCCGGGAGCCUGCGUGAGAAGUGGGAUGAGAACGUGACCAGCUUUGAAAUUGUGGAAAGCAUUACUGACACAGCCGGCCUCUGGCUCAGGGUGCGCCCCUGCUGCCUGCAUGAGACCCUCAGCGUCAGCAGGACGGCCACCCCCUCAGCCGCCAUGAAGCUCAUCUCGCCCCGAGACUUCGUGGACCUGGUGCUGGUGAGGGCCUACGAGGACGGCUCUAUCAGCUCCAACGCCACCCACACGGAGCACCCGUCCUGCCCCACCAGGCCCGGCUACGUGAGGGGUUUCAACCACCCCUGUGGUUGCUUCUGUGAACCGCUGCCUGGGGAGCCCAGCACCACCAGGGUGGUGGCCUUCUUCCAGACCGACCUGAGCGGCUACCUGCCGCAGAGUGUGGUGGAGGCCUUCUUCCCCCGAAGCAUGGCCACCUUCUUCACCAACCUGCGCAGGGCCUCGACCAGCCUGUGCUGACCGCUGCCGGGGGGUGGGGGAGAGGGCUCAACCAACCAGCUCUCGGGUGCAAGGGGGGCCUCGUGCUCUGUCUCACACCCAGGUGCCUCCUGAGCUGGGGACCCUGCACCCCGCCCUCCUACCCCUGGAAGGAAUCCGUCUCCCCUGAACUAGGUGUCCCCUGCACCCCACCCUCUACCCCCAGAGGAGACCCAGGUCCCCCCUGAACUGGGGCAGCCCCACUAAGUGACGACCAGGUCCUUGCUGCCUGUCCCCAUGACUCCAGGCUCCCCGUUGACCCGCAGGGGUCCUGUCCUCUUGGGAGGGGCUCUGAGGCCUGCCCUGCCCGGCCAGGGGCCCGGUGAUUCAGGAGGCCAAGCAGAGCCUUCAUGGAGGAGGGCACAGUGCCUCCCUGCAGGCCUGGGGUGCGGUGCCCUGGGGCGGGUGAGCCUCCGGGCCUGGGGUGAAGACCUGCAGAGAAGAACAGGUCAGGAGGCUGGCCGGCUCAGCCUACAGCAGCCCCGCAGCAGUGGGUGGAGACCCGGAGCUCAGCCUACAGCAGCCCCCCAGCAGUGGGUGGAGACCCGGACUGAGCUGCUGUGGGCCAGGCUCUGCCCUGGUGGCCUUACUGGACUGGAGUGGCAGUGUCUCUGAGCCACAGACUGUCACUGGUGUCAGGCGGUCUCACCGGCCUGCAGUCCUGCUUUUGCCAAAUAAAAGGAGUCACCAGCCCAUGGGUGACCCCCAGGAACAAAGGUCAA